UCGCGAAGCCACGCGUCCGACUGUCCUCCUGGUACUGUUCUUUGUGUCGCAGCAAAGGUAUUACGCGUAUAUUAUUAGCCGCAUACGGCUGUGCCGCGAGUGAGCGGGUUUAAACGGCCGGUACGCGCUUGUUUCCGCGGUCAGAAUCAUUGGCGCAUUCUCGCGCCAACAAUAAUCCACCACGGUUGAAACUUCUACGCUGCCACUCAGUACCACCUCUCAUUUUCCCUCCCUCUCUUCGCAACCAUAAUAACGUUCGAUCCGAGAGGUUAAGAUUUCGCACUAAGAGACAAGAAACAAGGAAAAACAAAUUCGUCUGUUCGGUGUGUGACAUUUGAACGUUCGCAACGAAUCGCUCGAGGUAAACAUGAGAACGAAGAAAGGGCCGAGUGUAUGGAGGCUACGGUCCUGGGUACCGUGCCGUCGUGCUAGAGUGCAGGUGGGCCGAGGUCCAACGGAAACGGCCGAGCGCGCGCUCGGGGGAAAACCGAGCGGCGACACUCGGCGAGUACUGUUGUUAGAGUAUUCAGUAAUGCUUUGCAUGGCCAACCAGUCGCUACUAAGCUCGUCGGUGAGAGUCGUGUCGUUCACUCGAAGUGAUCGUGUGGUGUUACUCGACGGGGCAAGCGGGAGACGUUGUAUACCGAGACGCGAGACAUAACCAAACGGCGACAAAUGAGCCAGCAGUCGUGAGUGUAAUUCGUGAGACUGUGAAAUAAAAAAAUAAGCGAAAAAAGAACGAACAAAAGUGUACAUAAUAUAAAACCGGAGCGCACACCGACGGUGGAGCUUCGAUUUCACGUACUGUUACUUCACCGCAAACAAAAAACCAUCGAGCUACACUGUGUAUGGUACACAAGCGAUCCAAGAUGCUGUCGUCAGUGCCAGCGAAAUAAUAAUGUGGUGCGACGUUGGUCAGAGUUGUGCAAUGAUGGGUCUGCAGGCCACGGCAGGAAAACGUAAACUGGAGGGAGGUGUGGGCUGCAUGGAGUUCGACAUGGACAUGGGUGAAAGCCCGUCGAAGUUAGGCCGGGUGGAGGGUAGCUGGUGGGCGAUGGAGGAUAGUUACACGCCCCCGCUGAGCCAAACACCGGCGUCAUACUACGAAAUGGAAGUGAGUCCGCCUUGCCUGCAGAUAAAUCCUUGUCAACCGACAUCGGCGAGUCAGCAGCAGCAACAACAGCAGCAACAGCAGCAGCAUCAGACGUCACAGCAGCAGCAACAGCAGCAGCAGCAACAACAACAGCAACAACAACAUACAUCGACACCAACAUCAGCGCCACCGUCAUCCACGGUAGCGCACCUGCAUCAUCAUCCUCAGCAUUAUUACCACCAUCAACGAGGAUCUAGCAGUCCGGUCGGUAAUAACGGUUACAGCCAACUGUCGAGGCCCCAACCGCAAUGGGGAACACCUCACCAUUACGAGCCGCCGACGAUACGACGAGAGGAGAAUGGCAAGAGUUAUCUGGAGCUUGGCUCGAGUUACCGGGCGAACGAGAGGUGCUGCGAAGGCUCGAGGUCGAGUUGGUGUCGGCGUGGUAGAGCCUGUUACAGGCAGAGGCGGCUAGCCGUCCUAAACAUCUCGAUGUGUAAAUUGGCGAGGUAUCGUCAAUUCCCAGAUCCGAGCCUUCAUCGGUCAGUACUGAUCUGCAACACGCUCAGGCACCUGGAACGAGAAAUGGAGAGGGACAGAAGUCCGCCGCCGAUGGAGCCGGUGAUACCGGCGCCGAUCGCUCAACUGCAACCUCCUGAGCAGGGCAGGCUAACGCCGUUCCCGAUGCCGCCGACGUCCUCAAACGAGACCGACGUCGACUCUGGCAUCGGCGACAGCGAUGAUAGCCGUUCGAUUAACUGGGGUAGCGUGCUGUCUCUGUCGAGUCAGUCGCCCCUCGAUCCACUGAACAACAACGAGCUACUAGACGUGGAUAUUGGUCCAGACUUAGACUUAGACUUCAUGCCUGGAUGGAAGCUGACACCCCUGUCCGCGGAUGACAUCCUUAGGAGUACGACGGCACAGGAACAGCAACACCAGCAGCAUCAACAGCAACAUCACCAACAGCAACAACAACACCUAGCGCCGGCCAGCGGCAGUUGCGGCAGUAGCAACAUGGGCAGCGCGUGCGUUAGCACCGGAAACAGCAGUAGUACGCACGAGUCGUUGAUGUGCGUCGGAUCAUAGCCCCCGAUUUUGACAUCGUUGAGUCACCUCAUCGACUUCUACCCGUUAACGCCACAGAGCAAAUAAUCUUUGCGCGGCUAAGAAACCUAGAACUGUGAAGCGGGCGGGUGCAGAACGCGACAUAGUCGGCCCUCUCUCGAAAGUGCGACGCCUGGUCGGCGACACUCCAGGAGGUCUUCUUUUUCUUGUUUAUUAGCGUUCGUGUCAAUUACGUCACCGAUUUUGGUUCUCUUGAAUUACGUUCCACUUACCAACCACCGCAACCGAGCACACCACCGUCGUCGGUCUCCGCUCCUUGUGGGAGAGGAAAACGGGGGUGCGCAUGUGACACACGCUGCGCUCGCAGGUGCAGACGUAGCGGGGCUCAUGGCGCAUGGUUUGGGAUUUUUAGCGAACACGAUACUGAGAGGUGAUUACUAUUUCUAAAUUGAUGAGUACCCGAAUUUGCGUUUUAAAUUUAUUCUACCAGAGAAUACUAGAUUUUGAACAUUUGCAUGAUCUUCUACAAAGUAAAUUUGAUUUGUAGUAUACAUUUGUCAUGUAUUUGGAGAUGAUCGAAAAAAAAAAUUAUAAUUAUUCUUUUGAUACUGUAAACGCGAGAUCGGGUUCUUUUCCGGUACUCAAUGACCACCUCAAAUGAAUACGUGUACUAUAUCAAAACGAUCUGUUUUUGCAGUUGCACCUGCGAGUAUGGCGGCACACGUAUGAGUUCCCUGGUCACUCGAAAUGUCGCUACCGGCACGUCAGACAGA